UGAAAUCGAAACAAAUUCACACGAUCAUAUCAACAGCACAUCGCACAGCAAUCCCACCCAUUUGAGCAAAGUCAUCUGAACAGAGCAUCUCCCCAUUCCAAUCGAAGAAAAUGGCUUCCUACGCUAUCACCGGAGCCUCCAAGGGCAUUGGCCGCGAGUUCGUGCGCCAACUCGCCGCCGAUACAAACAACACAGUCCUGGCCAUCGUGCGAAACCCCGAGUCGCCCGAGAUCGUCGACCUGACCUCCAAGCACCCCAACGUGCACGCCAUCAAAGGCGACGUCACGGACCCCCAGUCGAUCCUCCAGGCGGCCGCGGCCGCAGCCGCCGUCACCGGCGGGACGCUCGACGUGCUGAUCCACAACUCCAAUGCCGUGGAUGCGGCCUCCAUGUCCUACACCCCGACCCAGAUGCCCUUUGAUGCGCAGGCCAUGCGGGCCAGCUUCGAGCCGUCGCUCAGUACGAAUGUCUACGGCGGUCUCUGGGCGACCAACGCCUUCCUGCCCCUGAUCGAGAAGGGCACCCAGAAGAAGAUCGUGCACAUCUCCACCGGGAUGGCCGAUACGGCUUUCAUCAAGAAGGCCUCUGUCAGCGUGGCGGUCACGUACUCGAUCGCCAAGGCCGCUGUGAAUGUUCAAGUCGCCAAGUACGCCGUAGAGCUGGCGCCGAAGGGCAUCAAGGUGGUGGCGGUGAGCCCUGGCUGGGUGGAUACGUGGGAGGGAGAGAAACCCGCUCAGGUGGUGGAAGCGGAUAACUUCUUGCUGAAGCAGUUCCAGGCAGCAAAGCCUGACCUCGAGGGAAAGAUUCUGCCGGAGGAGAGUGUUAGAAAGGUCCUUCAGGUGGUUGAGCAUCUGGAUAUUGAGGAUAGCGGCUUAUUCUUGAGCCACAAUGGAGAUCAGGAGAAUUGGUUCUAA